UCCGAUGUAGACACCCAGUUUUCGUCUUCAAUCUGCCGAAAGCUCCCGACUUCUUCCAUCAUCAUUCACGCCAUCACGUCAAGCCAUUGAGAGCACACACCUCUGCCACAAUGGGUUUCUGGGAUACCAUCACAGACCUCGCUGAGGCUGCCAUGCCGUGGGCCACCGCCGAGGCCGAGGCUCCUGCCGCCGAGGAGAAGGAGGAGACCCCCACCGAGGAGGAACCCAAGGAGGAAUCCAAGGAGGAGCCCGAGGCCGAGGCCGAGGAGGAGGAAGAAGAGGAAGAGGAGGAGGAGGAGGAGGAAGAGGACGAAGAGGAGGUCGUUGACCCCAAGGAGCAGCUCGAGAAAGAGUGCGAGGAGUCCAAGGCCUGCGCACCGGCCAAGCACCACUACGAUGAGUGCGUUGAGCGUGUCACGGCGGCCGCUGACAGCGAGGACGGCGCCAAGGAGGACUGCGUUGAGGAGUUCUUCCACCUCGCCCACUGCGCCACCCAGUGCGCCGCCCCUAAGCUCUGGGCCAAGCUCAAGUAAGCGAGGCACUUUGAUACACAUACAGACGGCGUCGACGGAUUCCAAGACCAUGGCAGCGGCAUCGGCGCAGUUAAUUCACUGGAUGGUGACCGCGAGAGAGAAGAUGCCGAGACGAGACGACGUCUAGCACCGGUCCUUUGGGACCAACCCUGUACCCCAAGGUACGCGCCAGACCGGGCCGCUCAGCAAUGAGCGCUGCCGGGCCUGCGGUACCGAUAUAUGUCCUUUGUACCAUAGGCAUCGCCCGCAAUAGAUUCCUCUAUGACUUACCCAACUGGCU